GGUUCUUUUAGCAGAUUUCCCAGCUAAGAUCAGCCUGACCAGCUCAAAAGUUGCCAAAACCAUUUUAAAACUAGCAUGGGAGACCAGCCAAAGCAUCCCUCAGAUGCAACUUAUGCAAACUUAGCAGUUUUUUUUCUGUAAGGAGUUGUUCAGCUUUGCUAUAGCAAUAGACAUCUUAAAUACACCACAAGUCUCAAUGCACAGAAGUUUAAGCACCUUCAGUAAAAGUCUAUGGGAUUUCUGGUGGUUUGGGUAAUCUGGUUUACAAAAAUCAGAAGUCAGAUCAGUAAGAAAAGACAUAGCAACUAAUUUCAGACCAUUCUGAAAGUCUGGGUCGAGUUUGGUGGUUGUAGCUAGGUUUUAGUCUAGGAGGUGCAGUUCAUGAAGUUCAACCCAUCAAGCCAUGCUGCUCUCACACUACACAUAAUUUCUUACAAAGAGCAGAUUACCUAUGGUAUGAAACAAGGUCUCAGCAUUCACAUUAUAUUAAACAUGUAAAUUUUUAAAGAAAUGCAAACAGUAAAUACAGUUAUGUGGCUCUUUAAUGUGUCUGGACAGAUUGUUGUGUUGUUUCAGAUUGCAUAAUGUCUUUACAUAUGUACUUUGUGGCGAGGGGGGCGUGGUUUGGCGUAAUCUGCAACGGGAGAGAGACGAGGGAGCAGAGCGAGGCGUAAGUAGGUCAAGUGCAAAUAACGAACACGUGUGUUUGAUUGCAGUAAUUGGCGUGGAGAGACCGGAUAUAAGCCGAGUCACCGCAGAGAGAGAGAGAGAGAGAGACGCUGGGACCUUGUACUGCACUGGGAAGCCUCAGCAGUGAAAUUGAAGUUAUGGACUGUGAUUGAGCAGUAUUUUGCUGAUUAUGCCAAGAUGGCAUCGUGAUUUGUUUUAUAUGUUAAAUAAAUGAGCGUCCCAGCAACAAGCCGACCCCUGCCUUCUUCCUUCCUAUUAAGACUGUGUUGAACCUUGUUACACUGGUGCCGAAACCCCGGGAAGGAAGAAGAGCAUCGCCACCAUGCAAUCUCCGUCAGGUAUGCCAUUUGCGGACAUCAUCCAGUCGCUCGCCGGUCUUCAUCAGGAACAACACCAACACAUGCUGGCGAUCAAGGUGGAGCAGGACAAACGCUUUGAGGCGCUCCUCCGGGCCCAGCAUGAAGACUGCGAGCUGUUCCGGAGCUGGGUAGACCGGAUGGUCCGGGCCACCCCCUCGUUCAAAGACAAUACAUCUCCUCUGCCGCUCAACAAGAUGGGGCCUCAAGAUGAUCCGGAGGCCUUCCUGGACCUGUUUGAGAAGUCGGCAGAGGCUCGAGGGUGGCCCCCCGCGGACUGGCCCCUGCGGCUCAUUCCCCUGCUGUCCGGAGAAGCGCAGGUAGUAACUCACCAACUGCCAGUCCAAACCUCCUGGCCUACCAGGACCUCAAGCGUGCCAUCCUCCAGCAGGUCGGUCGGACCCCGGAGCAACAUUGCCAGAGGUUCAGGACUCUGACCCUGGAAGAGUCAGGCCGGCCCUUCGUGAUGGCACAGCAGCUCCGGGACUCCUGCAGCAAGUGGUUGAUGGCCAACAGUAGCGACGUCGAGGACGUGAUCAAUCGUGUGGUACUGGAGCAGUUCGUGGCCAAGCUGCCGAGGAAGACUGCACAGUGGGUCCAGUGCCACCGCCCGACGUCACUGAACCAGGCCAUCCAGCUGGCGGAAGACCAAAUGGUGGCGUGUCCAGGGGUCGGCGACCUCUUACCAUCUGCCUCUCUCUCUCCCUCUCUUUCCUCCCCUCCCCUCUCUCUCUCCAAAUCUGUCCCUCUCCCCAGGUCCCGUGGAGGGCUUCCGCCGAAGCUAGCCCCGAGGUGGAGGACAGGUUACGGGGCCGAACCAGCAGCAAGGCCCAGGGCUCCUCCCAGGGGUGGGAGUCCGCCCACGGGAUCCUUUCCCCAAGCCAAGCCCUCUCCGCUCUCUCCUCGCCAAUCGCUUGACCUACUUCCUGCCGCCAGGGUGGCAGUAAAGUCUGGGCCUGCCUGUUGGCGCUGCGGGGAACCAGGGCAUUUUAUUGAAAGGUGUCCGUUGAUGGAAGUGGGGACGUUGAUCCGGGUCCCCGACGUGCCAAAGGCUGCCCUCGAUCAAGCUGGCCUAUACCAAAUACCAGUUGAUGACGUGGUCUCUUCCAGCAAAAAUGCUAUCAGCAAUCGGGAAAAGCCGGAUGCUGUUCUAAUUCGUUCAAAGAGAAGAUGGGUUCUGUCCACCAUCGAUCUGGAAGAGAACAUGUCUGGAACGUAUCCCGCUAUAGUAACAACGCAUUGAUGAAAACACAGGGACUGUAUACGUACACCGGCCCAUCGACAGAGAAGAGUACCCCUUGUUCCACGUGGACUUUGAUGUGCUGGACAGGAAAACUGAUGCCACUGUGGAUAAAACACUGUCAUUUAAUGUAGAAAUAAA